CGGGCGCUCGAGAAGAUCCUGGCCGAGAAGGAGGCGAAGCGGCCGCCGCACGGGCAGCUGCGCAGGGCCUGCCAGGUGGCGCUGGAUGAAAUAAAAACAGAGCUGGAAAAGCAAAGAGAAGGCACUGCCGCUCCACCCAAAGCAAACUUCAUUGAAGCAGAUAAGUAUUUCCUUCCGUUCGAGCUGGCCUGCCAGUCAAAGUCUCCGCGCAUUGUCAGCACUUCCUUGGAUUGCUUACAGAAACUCAUUGCAUAUGGACACAUCACUGGCAAUGCUCCAGAUAGCGGAGCUCCUGGAAAACGACUGAUUGACCGAAUAGUCGAAACAAUUUGCAAUUGCUUUCAGGGUCCUCAAACAGAUGAAGGAGUACAAUUGCAAAUAAUUAAGGCUCUCCUCACUGCAGUAACAUCUCCAUAUAUCGAGAUUCAUGAAGGAACGAUUCUGCAGACUGUUAGAACCUGUUACAACAUCUAUUUGGCCAGUAAAAAUCUCAUUAAUCAGACAACUGCCAAAGCUACCCUUACACAGAUGCUAAAUGUCAUUUUUACACGGAUGGAAAAUCAAGCUAUACAAGAAGCCAGGGAAGUGGAAAAAACAAAUCAACAGAAAUCCCAGUCUCCUGCAAUUCAAAUCGCGACAAGGUCCCCAAAGAUGAGUCACUUAAAGCACAGCUAUCAGGAGAGCAAACCCACUGCUCCUGUAAGCAUGGAGUUAACUAACGGUGAGCCUGAGCAGACAGAAAAUGGAGAUGUGAAGUCAGAGCAACAUCAGAUUCCUUCAGUAUCAGAGGAAACAACUGAUGGAGGAAAAGAAAUGGUGAAAGACAUCUUGGAAGAUGUUGUCAAAUCAGCUGUGGAAGUGGCUGAAGAAAAGCAUGUAAUAGAAACAGUCAAGGCUCUACCUGCAUUAGAGACUUCAGAUAUUGCUCUUUCUGGCUCUAGUAGUGAAAAUGUACAAACAAAUGGGAUUCCAGAUGACAGACAAUCAGUUUCCUCCACUGAUAAUUUGGAAACAGAUGUACCCGGACAUCAAGUUGCUGCCAGAUUUUCCCAUGUCCUUCAAAAGGAUGCCUUCCUUGUGUUCAGGUCCCUGUGCAAACUCUCCAUGAAGCCGCUUGGUGAUGGACCACCAGAUCCCAAAUCCCACGAACUGCGUUCUAAGAUAGUCUCUCUCCAGCUUCUUCUGUCAGUAUUGCAAAAUGCUGGUCCAGUUUUCAGGACACAUGAGAUGUUCAUCAAUGCAAUCAAGCAAUAUCUUUGUGUGGCAUUAUCUAAAAAUGGAGUCUCUUCUGUUCCUGAUGUAUUUGAGCUCUCUCUGGCCAUCUUUCUCACACUGCUGUCAAAUUUUAAGACCCACUUAAAAAUGCAGAUUGAGGUGUUCUUCAAAGAAAUAUUCCUAAAUAUUCUAGAGACAUCUUCAAGCUCUUUUGAACACAAAUGGAUGGUGAUUCAGACUUUAACUAGAAUUUGUGCAGGUAUUUUCAUGGUUGUAAAAGGUGACCUUUUUUUCUGGAAGCUGAAGAAAGUUCUUUGA